AUGUCCUUUUCCUCACGUUCCAACGUAUCGGGCUCUUUCUCGAGUGCCGUUCAAAUGGAAACUGUCAGAAUGGAAGGGCCGUCAUGCUGGGUUUGUGGUACCACGCAGCCGGAGAUUGCGCAAGUCGUUGGCAAAGCGGAUACCCAGAAUAGACUUAAUAUGGCAGAGAAGAUGCUUGAUUGGUUGAAGGCCGGGCUCAUUAACUUUCGUUUGACCUCGCAAGAAAACGCGAUCCCCUUAUGCCCCAGUUGUCACUGGCAAUACGACUGCGAGGGCGAUCCUGGUUUGGUCAUCAUCCCCGUGGAUCUACAGUACUUUGUGGAUUUUGAGAUAGACGACCAAAAGAAGCGAACAUCUAUGACCGGUCGGCAAGUCCCAAUACAGGCCACGUACGCACAGCAUUGCCGCACUCGCUAUCCCGAUCAGUAUGGGCCAAGCCCGAGCCCAGACAAUCCUCAGCGUAGUGGAUUGUAUCGGGUAGUCUUCCUCAAGAAAUAUCUACUUCCUGAUUUCAUUGAUGUUGCUGCACUGAGGCUUACACAGCCCAAGCAGUGGCAUGGAGCACCCUCUGCAAUGCUCAGACGCUGUUUCAUGGCCUGUGGUACCGUCAUUCGCCCGAAAUCUAAAAUGGGUAAGCAGACUUUCGACACAUUAUGCCAGCUCCGCGAACUUUACUUCCCGGAACAAGAUGAAGAGAUCGGUUACCAGGUCAUGGUGCCCCAAUCAGACGACCAAGACAGUCCUUCGUCAGACGAAGAGGCUCCCCCAUCAGAUGAGAAGGCUCGCAAGCGACCUGCAACUUGGGACGCUGGUCCACCUGCAGUCAAUAGGGAUAAGAAGAGGCGGCGAGGGAACACGGAUUCCUCUCAAAACUUGCAAGACGACUGGCUGAUGGGGCCAGGAUGCACGGCUGCAGACUGCAUCGCACGAUGGGCGCCAGUUUGCCAUCUGCUCACUCGCUGA